CGUUCUUCUCGAACUCUAACCAACAGGGCAACAGGCCAAAGCCUUCAAAGGCUGAAAGCUGAAACCCACCCAGCUCAGCCCAACCAAGCCCACGACCAAACCCUCGCGCUUCCACCCACACGAGCCGAGAGCCAGAGAGAGAUGAGCACCGGCGGCGCGGACAAGUCCGGCAGCGGCGGAGGAGGUGGGGCGGUGAAGACGCCGUCGGACUUCCUCAAGUCGAUCAGGGGCCGCCCCGUCGUCGUCAAGCUCAAUUCCGGCGUCGACUACCGAGGUAUCCUGGCUUGUCUGGAUGGUUACAUGAACAUCGCAAUGGAGCAAACUGAGGAGUAUGUGAACGGCCAACUGAAGAACAAAUACGGCGAUGCUUUCAUAAGGGGCAACAAUGUUCUAUACAUCAGUACCUCGAAGCAGGCCGUCACGGAUGGAGCAUAGACCAAGUGGAGCGCCUUCAUAUCAUGUAGUUUCAAGAUUGUUAACCCAGCGGGGGCUUUGUCCGUGGUGAUCUCUGACUCAUGCUGCCUUUUCGAUACCGUACCUGAUGUCUGCUGUAUUGCGUGCUGACAGAGGUUUAUCUGGAACCAUUUUGAUGUAACCGGCAUAUUUUAGCUUCGAAAUAUCUGUGGCCAAGAUUCAGCGUUCAGGAUAAUAGAUAAGAUUUUUUUCUUUCA